GUUUGCCAGGUCAAGAACACAAAAGUAUUGCAUCUCAGACAGAAUUUGACCUAGUAUAGUAUAGGGGUCAGGUACAUUUGGAGUUGGAGCGACAAUAGCUGAAUUUACUGCCUGCAAGUCCUGCACAAAAUGCCACUCGGUAGGCUGUCCUUCCGGUCUAACCAUUUUGACAGAAAAAAUAGGUGUUUGACGUGUCUGAGGAUCUCUUCAAUACGAUUUUGUGCCCAUCCUCCGACCAGGGUGGUCUGCGUGUGACUCAUGACAGGUUUGGUUUAUCCCUCAGUGAAUGCUGUCUUAAGCACUCUGUGGGCUAAAAGGUCACAUAAGCAAAUACAGACAGAGAAUAUAUAUAUAUAUAUAUGAGAGAAGUAAAAACAAAAAUGUAAUUUCCCAUCACAAUAUGGACUAAAUCAUAAGGUUUUAAGUUGAAGAAUCAUUCAUGAAGGUUGAGCAACACAACAAUGUAGCUCCACCCGUCAUGUCUUGGAUCCACCCUCCAGUCUGAACCAGGUAGUAACACUGUAUAAAUAUGAUGGAUAACCACUAGACUAUAACCAUUUGAGACGCACAACAGAAGACAGUUGACUUCUCUGUCCACUUCAAAGAGCUUCAUCAGAAUGACUGAGGUUACUUGUGGAGGAUGGUCAGAGACUGAACCAGCCACUGAGGAGAUUCAGAGGAUCUGUGAUGAGGUGAAAGGCCACGUGGAGGAAAAGACAAAGAAGAAGUAUGAUGUAUUCACAGCCCUUCAAUACAGGAGACAAGUCGUGUCAGGAAUGAACUAUCUCAUCAAGAUUAAUUCUGGACCAUCCAGUCACCUUCACAUGAAAGUGUAUGAAGCUCUUCCGUGUGAUGGAGGACAGAAAUCAGUCUCUGGUGUAGAAGAAGGUCACACCAAAGAUGAUCCUCUGGAACCUUUGUAAUGUGAUCACAGCCUGGUACUGAUCACUGUCUCCAGGCCGCUGCCUCAAUCAUGUUGUUAUCCUGAAAUAAUUAAACACAAUAAAGAUCCUUUACAGUAAUGAUGAUACAGGCAGUAAAACAUGUGCAGUCUAUACUAAUAUUCAACCUUUGUUGGAGUGGAAAAAGUGAUUCUGUAAAGGAAUAAUAAAGAAUGAUUCAUGAAAUUUA